AUGACGAUCCUCAAAUUCUUCACUCUGCCCACCUCCGCGAAGGAGCUCCUGGUCGGGCCAGGCUCAAAAUUCUUCAUCGCCUUCAUCUCCGGAUCAGAUCCCAUCACUAAGCAAGCUUGGUGUCCCGACGUGAGAGCCGCCAUGCCAUCCAUCAACGCGGCAUUUGCGGGGGACGAUACUCCGGAACUUGCGAUCGUCGAGGUUGGACAGAAGCCCGAGUGGAAUAACCCUCAGAAUGUCUACCGCACUACUUGGGCUACCAGAAAUAUCCCUGCGCUAGUACGCUACCAGCAAGUCGAUGGGGAAGUGAUUGAGACCGGCAGACUUGUGGAGGGUGAGAUUCUCAACGAGCAGAAGCUGCAAGACUUCAUGGCAUAA